CAAUGUUUACACAUUUCAAACAAACAAUUAAAGGAAAAUUUCAGUUUGAUUUCAACGCCAACAAACUAUACAAUUUUUAUACGAGAAAAUAUGCACUGCGGAAAAGAAGAGGAAAAAGUGGAGACUGGCGGAGGAGAUUGUGGGCUUAAUCUUAUUAAUUUGAACGACGCACGAGGAUGCCCAGCUCCGGUAUUAUGUCCAUUGUUGCCGGAGCAGCCCUUGUUAAAGGGUCGCAGAGGAAUGCAGCCUACCCCAGUGACCAUGGGCCCCCGACAUGAGCUUGCCACAGAGUAUUUACAUCAGAACGCUCUGGCGCCUGUGGGAGACUAUCAGAAAUUGCACGCCGCCGUUGAUCAGCAACAGGAUCAAUUGGGUAACAUUAGACAACAGCAAUUUCAAAGUUCUCAUAUGCCACAAAAUCAGACGGAAUUGCAAUUUGCUCGACAAAUGGAUCCCAAUGCGGAUAAUCUUCAAAAUCCGCCAUGCUAUUUGCCUCAACAAGGUGACGAUAUGCCUCAUAAGGAUCAUCUAACACCCAUGGGUCCAGUUGGUCCUUGGGCAUCCGGGAAAUUAGAUUGGAGUCCCAUGGCCGGAUUGACGGGCACACGACCAGUAGUUGAUCGCUAUUCGAUAACGCGUUAUAGUCCCAAUGAGUGGAGGGCAAGGAAUCAGGAGACAAUUACAUAUGUUAAUCAAGUUUUGGAUAAGGCGGAUAAAAAUCGGUUCAGUGGUAGUACAGAGUAUCAGCGUCUAUCCGCUCUCGUGAUCAAAACUCAAAAUGAAACCACCGAAAAGUUAAGGAACCGAAGUCAGUUAAUUGGCAAAUGGAAGGGUACUCUAGAGAACGCCAUCAAAGCGAUGGCCGAUGAGAUAAGCACCAUGGAAGAGGAGCGCAUUAGAUUACGCAAAUCUCUUGUCGUAUUGGGUGUUCCGGAAUCCAUAGCCAAAGAGUGCAUAUCGAAGCGUGCCGGACGACCCGAUACUGAACUGGUGCGUGAUCAAACCGAAGAAGAGCUGGUAAAUGAGCUGGCUCUCAUUGCGGAGAUCCGCCGCCUGCUUAAGAAAACCCUAGAAGACUUUGAAACCCAGCAAGUGGAGAAUCGCACAGCCCGGCAACGUUUGGAAUACGAUUGGAGUGACAAGAAGGAAGCCUAUGAAAUAGAUACACUCAAUGUGGGACUGAAUAAUAAUUCGCGUGUCAUUAUGUUCCGUCCAGGUGCAGUGCGUCAACCACCUGAGCAGGCAUCGGAGAAAUAUUGGGAGCACUUCAGUCAAGAGACUCUUGAAGAGUGUGAGAAGUGUCGUCAAAAGUCAGUGGCACUGAGAAAUACCCUAAACUCAAUCCUUAUGAAUGCUGCACGAGAUAUCCGCACGCAGGCUGAUGUCGUAGAGAAGACUCUGACUGCUCGUAUCAAUUGCACCCAGGAGGCAGUACAGCGUUUUGAGAAUGACUUGCGCCAAAUUCUGCAAGAUCUGGCUGACACGGAGACACGUAUUCUUCAGCUACAUCGUCGUGUACGUAGCUUCGAUGCUGCCAUGAAGGUGGCCCAGACACGCAUGGAUAAUCGCAGCUUCCGUCCGAAUGUUGAGAAUUGUCGUGAUGUUGCUCAACAGGAUCUUAUCGAUGAGGUGCACACCGUUCAGAGUAGUGUAUCUGCCCUGUUGCAUGAGCUGGAGGUAUCAGAACAGGUCAAAGGCGAUCUAGUGAAAGCUCGUGCUAAACUGGAACGUGAGAUAAUGCUGAAGCGACGCACCUUGUUCACAGAUAGAGAACGUUGCAUGCUGUUACGUUCGCACUAUCCAUCGGCCAAUGCUUUAAGUGGCACAGCACAGUUUUAGAACGAACUGAUGGAACUCAGUUAGUAGUCAGUAAGCUAAAUUUGUAGUGCGAAAUUUUUUUGUUUUGAAUGUUUCAAAUGAUAGCAUAAAAUUUUGAUGCUUGUUUAAAUUAUUAUUAAUAAAUCCAAUCAAAUGAAAUCAA